UCGACGGUUACACGAUUUUGUAAAACUAAGCCAAGAGCACGCUGGAAUUUUCGGAGAAAGAAAACUCGUCGCAAAUAAAAUAUAAAAAAAUUGUAAGGCCUAUAAAAUAUUGUACACAUAUUUUCUGGUAGGCUUAUUAAAUUUGUACUCGACCAAAGUGUCUGCGGACGACGUCGCCAGAAAGUCUGACCAAUUUUGGGGCGUUGACGUGAUCAAAAUUAGCAUAAAUGCCAAUCAUUUGCAUUAUACAAUGAUAAACAUUACAAAGUGGCCGAUAUUGUAAAUACUAUAAUUGCUAUAAAAACGCAAAUUUUCUAGCAUUUCAUUUGGUUGCGGAUUUAAUUACGCAUUGUGAAAAAUUGUGAAAACCAAAAUGGCGUCUUUUUUGUGUGCGUGGCAGUGCACUGCCAACUUGCUUGAAAAAAGCGAAACUAAGUAGCCCUCACUUUCUAUUUUCUCAAAUGUCAAUUUUGGGCAAUACAAAAGGAAAAGCUGAAAGACAUUCGUGCUAUAAAGGUUCAAACAAUCGCAUGUUUUUUUUAAUAAUACGCAAAAGUUUUAAUUUUUGAAGAGUGGACAGUACGCAGGGUUGCACUGGCGUAUCGAUUAUCGAUAACCGCGGGGCACACGUCCGCAGUUGCUCAGUGCAAAGAAAAAAUUUGCAACGCGAGGAGCACGUUUUUAGGGUCUGCAAAAGGAACAUUGUAUUACUAUUACAAUAAAACAAAAAACGUCUCAUUUUCUGGCGUCUGCAGCUGGAAUUUGUUUUCCCUUCGUUUCGAAAGUGAACUAUAAAUUUGGAAGGCUUUCGAAGGCCAAUUUUGAUGGAAUUACGUAAUCAGCGGAAAUUUUGUAUCUAUUAGUCACGCACACCAACAAACGAGCGUCGCUACACGCACGCACGUAACAAUACACACGUACGCGUAUGGUCAUACCUGCACUUGUUGGAGAGAGACGGCAAUAGGGCAUACAGCGUUGCCAGACCUCGUUUCUCUCGCGACAAACAAAGGAAAAUGCCUCGAAUAGUGCCAUUGCAACUGUUGAGGUGCCUACGGGUGCUUUUGGACAACAAUGGUGGAAUUUUAAGUGCUUUGGAGGUGAAACGCAUUUCGGGUCUGAUGGCCAAAUAUUCCAAAAAACUGGUUUCGAAAUGUGUUUACGUACAAAUACUGAAGUCAACGAAGACGGAAUUGUUGGGCGACUUCAUGGCCGUAGGCGGUUGGUCAUUGGUCUACACAUGGUUAAAUGACGCCAUCAGGGCGAUGAACUGGCCACUAGUUCAGGAAAUCCUGGAACUGUUGCUGCUUUCCCCUGUGGAUGUCAACCGGCUGAAGAUCAACUCGGCACCUAUUUUGGUCAAGGGUCUGUGCAAGGAUGGCGGCAAUGAAGGUGUACGAAUUCUGGCCAAGCGUUUGGUGGAGCAAUGGCUAAAGAUUGUGACGGAGAACACAAACGUGGUGAUCCAGCCCUCUUCACAAAUCGCAGCAGCUCCUCCUGCGCCGGCUGUCCCGGCUGCUCCAGUCCCGGACUCUGCCUCAUCUUCAGACAGCACGGACAGUGCCGGCGCCCCCGUUACUUACACCAUCACAUCGGCGGCCCACAGCAGCAAUUCCAACAGCAUAACCAUCAAGUGGAAGCCGCUCCUUGAUAAGCCAGAUGGCGAUGAAGCUGACCCCCUAGCAGCAGCUUCCCUGAAUGACAAUGAUGAGGUGCAGCAGGAAGAGGGAUCUGUGCCCCAAACAGCAGCUGACACCAGUCUGGGGAAAAAGUCCAGUUUAGAUGAUAGUUGUUCAGCGGCAGAGGUUAAGUCCGGGGAGGACGUUGAUAAUAAGAAGCAUAAGAGCGCCAAAAGCGACAAGAGUAAACGGUCCGAGAAGGAGCGCGAGAAGGAUAGGAAGAAGGAGAGUUCCUCGAGUCACAGGUCCUCCUCAUCUAGCCAUAAGUCGUCGUCGUCCUCCUCUUCCUCUUCCUCUUCGAAGAGUAGUUCCUCUAAGAGCUCCUCCUCAUCUUCCUCCUCCUAUCGCAGUUCUAGCGAUAAGCAUCGCGAUAAGGACAAGGCUCGCUCAAGUUCCGGUUCGUCCAGUUCAAGCAAGGACAGAGAGCGCAGCGGUUCGUCCUCAUCCUCUUCCUCAAAUAAACACAAGUCCUCAAAGUCCUCCUCCUCAUCGUCGUCGUCGUCGAGCUCGGGUUCUAGUUCGUCUAAAGAUCGCAAGGACAAGUCGUCGUUCUCUUCGUCAUCGUCGAAGCAGGAGAAGGACAAAGAUAACAAGUUAAUGCCUCCGCCAGCAGUGGCACCAGCUCCUUCUGCAGCUGCAGGUGCAUCUCCCACUGCUUUGGCCAAGGAGAGCGAGGCACAGAAGCCCAGAUCCAUACCAAUCAUGUCCAGAAAGGCCUCCAUUUCGAUAGAGAUACGCCGGGACACGGAGAAAACGGCUACCGUAAAGACAUACCAGUCCAAAUUUAGAUCGCACGGCCUGACCGAAGAGGCGCCACCUCCCCCGUCGCGCAAGGGUCUGAAAAAACCCACGUCGUCGACGACUCCCACCCCAGUUCCUCUCUUGGCUGUACCACCUCCGCUUAAGCGCCAAUCGCCGCCGCCAAAGGAUGCGCCCACCGAGAAGAAGGCCAAGAUCGACAUGAACAGCAUCGCGGGACAUGUGGAGCGGCCCGGAGCCGCCAAACUGAUUGCGCCCAAAAAGAUUCAAACCCUGGUGGAGACCAAUCUAUUCUCGGACGCAUUGGCCGCGUCAAUUGAGCCCAAAAAGGUUGUGAAGCGCAAGCGAGCGUCGACUGCAACAUCGCCCACGGACAAGGAUGCGCCUGUGGCGCCUCUCAAAUUCUACCAGGACACCCUAGACGAUUCGAAGAGUGAAGAGAAAUCGGACGACAGCAGCAAGGAGAACGACGAGGCGCGCUCUGGGUCACCCAGCAAGGACACAGAUGGCGAUGACGAUGAUAUACCAUUGAAGAGAGUCAAGGAGGACAUCGAGCAGAAGGUGCAGAAGGAGAAGGAAGCGGCUGGAGGAGAAGCCACCGAAGCGGGCAACACCUCGGAUAACGCGGAAGAUCUACCGGAGGAGCCGAAAAAACCCGGACCUGGCUGUGGACCUGAUGGACCACCUGGAGUUCUGAUGCUGCACCGCCGCAAGGGCCCGAAAAAGAAGCUCACCUGGCAGCCGGAGGAUAAACUCACCCAGAUCCGAUAUUUCGAGGUGGAUCGAUCCGAGCGCGUGAAUGUGAUGAAGCAGACCUUCCUGGAGAUGAAGAACAUGGAGCGAUUCAGCGAGCGGGACGCCCUGACCAUUGCGCGACGAGGAUUCGAUGACACGAUGGAGCCGCAGAUGGAGUGGCGUCCUCUGGUCGAAGUGGAUAAUGUGCCCGAUCACCCGAACGGAAAUCUCUCCAAGCAACGCCAAGUGCAAAUGGACAGGGAAGCCACCACCCUGAGAGCCCUUUACUUCUCACCGGAUAUGAUUCCCGACAGUGCUGCGGAGGCGGAACUGGAACCGCAUUUUGCUCAUGACAUUCCCGUGAUACCCAUGGAUGAUCUGACUGGAAAUCCAGAUGCUGUCAAUGACUAUAGUACCUUAGCAUGGCCGGAGCCCAAGGGCUAUGCACCCAGUUCAGGAGUCGGAGCGAAUACUGGCGGAUCGGAUAUGGGUUUCAAUGACAACAUGAUGCCGGGUUUAGUACCUGGACCAAAUAUGAUGACAAAUCCCUUCGAUCCUUUCAUGGGUCGUAUGCCGGCUCCCGCGGGUAUGCCGCCUGCACCCAAUCUAAUGCCCAACGGACCGCCGCAGAUCUGGCAGAACCAAAUGGGUCCCGGAGGUGUCCCACCCGGUGCACCGCCCAUGAUGAAUGGUCCCGGUGGUCCAGGCAUGGACAUGAACAACAUGAAUAACAUGAACAAUAUGAACAACAUGCCGCCACAGAACUUCAUGGGCAAUCAGUUUGGCAACCCAGUGCCGCCAUUCGGAGGUCCACCACCACCUGGAUUUAAUCAGUACCCGCCCAUGAUGAUGAAUGGCCCAGGACCAGGACCUCCAGGAAUGGGACCCAACGGGCCCGUGAUGGGACCCAAUGGUCCCGUAAUGGGACCCAAUGGUCCUAUGAUGAACGGUCCACCCAAUGGACCCAUGAUGAACGGACCCCCCAAUGGAAUGGGACCUGGACCCAUGCAAAACGGAGGUCCCAGGAACCACAAUCGGAACAAAAACAAUGGUGGCGGUAACUGGCGCAGCGGUGGCAACAACUUCCAGGAUAACUCCGGCGGCAACUGGCGGUCAGCGGGAUCUGGCUCCAAGCGAGGAGGUGGAGGAGGCGGCGGUGGCAACACGGGCAUCUGCAAGCAAUUUAUGCGAGGUCACUGCAACAUGGGCAAGAACUGCAAGUACGUGCAUCCACAGAAGAAUCGCAUGUAGAACUUACCCGAAUCUUCUGCGGAAGAUUCAGCUGUAUAGAUCUCAGACGCCCAAGGGAGGUACUGAUUCUGGAAUCAAAUCCCCACAUGAAGACUGUAGCCAGGUUAGCCGCUCUUAGUUAAUCUAAGUGUAUAUAUGUAUCUGAUAUAUUUUUGUGUAGAGGCAGCUUAUCCCUAAGUUAUUUAGUCUAAGAUUUCCGUUUAGUCCUCUUAGCCAUGAGGCAACAUAUUGUUGCCGAGUACUUAAACCGGAGACUCCUGUCGAAUUUUGUAUACAUUUAUCAUUCAUACAGUUACGUAUUUAUAAGUUCAUACUAUUAAAGACCAAGUCAUAUGAUGAAAA